GUGCAUGUGUGGAUGUGUGCGUGCGUGUAUCAACCCACUAAAGUCUUUGUAGAAAACUCCAACCAUGUUAACAAGCCUGGACUCUAAUGCAAACCAGGAAUGCGUGUGUGCAUGUGUGCGUGCGUGCAUGUGUGUGUGUGUGUGUGUGUGUGUGUGUGUGUGUGUGGAGAAAGAAAGAGGAAGGUCUCCCCUCCUCAGUCUGUCUGCUGGCUUGAGGGUCUCACAUCAUGUCUUUUUUUGUACUCUUGCAUUCUUAUUCCCCAAAAUUUCCCACCACGUGAGGACGACUUCAAUCUAGUUUUGAUCCGGAUACAAAUAAUGUAUUACCUGUUUUGAUGUAACGUUCCACAGCUUGUUUUGUCUUUGUGCUUUUUUUUUUUUUUUUUUUAAAGAGUUUUAUGAGCCAACUGACAAAACGGUGAAAAUGUUUUGUUGCAUUUGCACACACUGGCUUUUUUUUGCUGCCGUGUGGACCCUCGGUCACCCGGACUUGCUGGCUGCACGGCGGACCGUCCCUUUCGGCAAGCCCAAGAUUAAGCUGGACCCCAAUGUGAAGGACUGGGGAGACUAUUCGGACCUCCCCUCAGGAAUAGAACUGGGACUGGGCUUGCCUGUAGACACACAACAUGGACAUAACAGAAAGGUCGGAGGGUCGCCAUCCAGCCUCACUCCUGAGUUAGAUUUUCUCUCCGACUUUGCAGGUAAAAAGCGAUUGUGGGUAAUCACAGCCCCCUCACACAAUGACCACUACCUACGUAUGAUGGAGAAACAGCUGGAAGACAUGGAUCAGAAAUCUCUUAACUGCCGUCUAGCAGAAAGAGACACGUUCAUCGUCAUCGUCAUCCAAAAUGCCAUGAUGGAAGGGAGGAUCCAGAAGACAAGCAUACAAGGGGAGGCCACGGUGGAGAGCCUGGACCCUGACACUGUCACCAAGCUGCUGCACUACCUUGAGCUCACCCAGGACCAAACGUUCAACAUGUUGGUGCUGAAAAAAAACCUGAGAGUCAGUGAACGGUUCCCUUAUCCAGUUCAGAUAGAAGCCGUCUUGGAGCUCAUUGAUCAGUUUCCGAUGAGGAAGUUGGAGAAGAUCACCAGAAAAAGAUCUAACUUGAGGUGUAAAAGCAUGAAAAAGAAGAUUGUGGUGAAAAGGAAAAUGGUGAAGAAGAGGAUUAUUCUGAGUCGUCAGAGUCAAAGCAACAGGACCUCUGUGAUUACCCUGCCAAGAAAACCGCCGGUGGACAAAAAGGCCGCCCUCAAGAGUAAGAUCCAGGACAUACUGAGCGGCAAGUCCAGGUUUGUCAUUCGGAAGGUGCCGGCUGGGAGGAGAAAGGAGCCCAGCAGUGGUGGUGGCAAACAGGAAGAGGAAAAAGAGAAAACACAACGUCCUCCUGAUGUGUCAACGAGAAAGGAGGAAGUGAAGAAAGAAAGGCCUGAUCCUACGUGGGAUGAACGGCCCAAAAAACCUACUGAGGAGAGUAAAGAGGAAGAGCCGGGAAAAGAGAAAAGCUCCAAGAAAAAAGGGAAAGGGAAAAAAGGGAAAAAAAGGAAAGGAAAAGGCAAAAAGUCUGGCAAAGUAGCAAGUGAGAAGGACAAAAGUGCCUUGAAAGACUUUCUGGAUCAUUUCAAGGGGAAGAGAAGGUUGAUGCUGAUGUCAACCCCCAGCAGAGGUGCAACGCUAUACGUGCAGCAGCACGAGAACGAGAGGCGGCACUGCGAGCUGGCCAUCAGGAAGGUCACCGUGGCAACCAUCGUGGGCAACGGCAACGACGCCACACUCACGUUGCAACACCACCAACUGGAGUCCGAACCUCCAUUGAGUGAGCUACCGGAGCAGCUGUCCGACCCGGGUCUGAUCUUGCUCUUGCGAUCUCAGUUGGGUCUGUCUUCCCCUGACCUUUUUUCCAUGACCGUCACUGACUACGACAUCAUGCCCAACAGAGUGUUUGAGGCGCCGCCAUCAAGCCUCGCUAUGUUCGAAUACAUCGACAACUUUCCCUCGAGGCGUCCCGAGAAACAAAAAGAAAGGAAAAAUCCUCCGGCCUGUGGAGCUGACAAGCAACAAUCUGAAGCUGAGAAUUCCCUGCUCAGGUUCAUGUCAAAGAGGAGACUGUUGAUCGUCUCUGCUCCGGCUGAGGAUGACUAUUCUUUUCAACAGCAGCUGUCUGCACUCAAUGCACAAGAGUGUCACCUUGGUAUUCGUCACUUCGCCAUGUUGAAGCUAACUGGGGUUGGAGACAAAGCCUCGGGGACUGUGGUACUAUUUCCUCUCAAUGGUCGCAGUCAAAUCGAAGAGGAGCCGUUGCCUCGCGAUGUGGUCAACGACCUGCGCGACCGGCUGAAGAUCAGCAAGGACUACUUCAGCAUGCUGGUGGUGGGCAAGGACGGCGACAUCAAGGCGUGGUUCCCUUCGCCCAUGUGGUCUCUGGAUAACAUCUACGACCUGGUGGACUCCAUGGAGCUACGUCUGCAGGAGGAGAAACUGCAGCGGCGGCUCGGGAUCCACUGCCCGGAGGAGCACGGGAGAGAAAGACGCGUGGGGGGAGGUUACCAUGGUUACGGGGAAGCUCAUUACGACUCCCAAUGAAUGGACCUCGCACUAUAAAACCAGAUAUUUCUUAUUUUUUUCUAAAUAUUGUAGUUACUGAAAUAUCGGAACAAUGUGCAUCAUCCAUGUGAGACAAAUAAAAAUGUCAUUCAA